UGUUCUUCGAGAGUCUGAAUGUGUAUUUUAAAAAUACUGUUUUAAGAGCCACUGCAAUUAAUCCUCUUCGAAAAGUGGACACCCGAGUUGAGAUGUAAAUGCCAUUUUGAAACCGAGGCUUUGUAAAUUUAACAUUUCAUCUGGCGAGAGAAAAACUACUCAGUUUCUAUGUCUUAAUCAUAAAGAGUUUCAACAGGAUUGGAUCUUAUCUGUAUAAGUUGAAACAAAUAGCGAGAGAAUUAAUUUUUAAAAAGUCGUGAGAUAGUGUUAAUGUAUGACUAUUGACGAACAGAUGGUUAACUACUUAUGUGAAUGACAACAAACUUAAAUUUGGUACGUGGUUAAAUUCGUAUUGGAAGUUAAUCAUGUUUCAUAUAGCCACAGUUCUUUUAUUGUUGUGUUAUGGCCCACUAACAGUGACGUCAUUGACAUGUUUGCAGUGUCCGAACGUGAACAGCACCUCGUCUUGUAAGGCGCACGUGACCUGUGCAGCAGACGAGCACUGUUACACAGAGAAGCGAUACACCAGCUCACUGAGCGAGUAUUACAGCAUGGGAUGUGUAAAGUCUUUGUAUUGCCCACAAAUCGAUAAUGACGUUUUAGUUGGAAAAAGAUUCCCAUUGAGAAAAGAUACUGAGACAGAUUUACUAAGGAGAGAAUCUUCGUGUUUCAAAUGCUGUUCCUCAGAUAACUGCAAUUUAUUUUUCUGUGAUUUAACAGCUACAGAGAACCCAGAGGCGUCUACCACAGACACUGAACUAGACCUGCGUCUCGUGGAUGGAUUCACAAAGUACGAGGGAAACGUGGAAGUAUUUCAUAGCAACAGAUGGGGCGCCAUCUGUGAUGAUGAUUGGAGCGACACCAGUGCCGAAAUAGUUUGUUCCAUGUUAGGAUUUCAAAGAUGGAGCGCUAGACCAACAAAUGGCAAUGAAUUCCAUUCCUCUAGUUCUUUCUACUGGCUUGAUGAUGUGCUAUGUCCUCCCUCUGCUACCACUUUAUGGACCUGCGCUCAUAAGCCGUGGGGCCAACACAACUGUUUAGCGGGCAAAAAUGCAGGAGUCAAGUGUUACCCGAUGUUCCCACCAAAAGAUGACAUUAUAUUUCUCCUGGACACACAACUGCGACAGUUUAUUAAAGCUGACAUCAACUUAACAACGUACGAAGUGAUUCCAACUGACAUACAAUAUAACCCAAGUACUUUUGACUACGAUCCAAGCGGAGGCCGGAUUUACUUCUUCGACAAUCUAUAUAAGCAGCUAUUAAGUAUGAGAAUUGAUGGUAGUGGCUUAUCUGUUAUACAACAAUUGGAUUACAACUCUGACGUCAGUGGUAUUGCAGUAGACGCUGUGAACGACAUUGUUUUCUAUAGCGACAACGGAUUGGAUGUAAUCGCGGCAAUCAAUGUUGACGGCAGUAACCAUAGAUACGUCAUCUCAUCCAGUCUCAACAGUCCAAGAAGUGUCGCCCUGCUUCCGGAGUCCAAAAAAAUAUUCUGGACUGAAUGGGGAGUCCUGCCAAAGAUUGAAACUGCCAACUAUGACGGAACUGGUAGAACUCUGCUAGCGACUACAAACUUGAAAUGGCCGACCUCUUUAACUAUUGACUACACUGAGAGAAGGCUUUAUUUUGUGGAUGGUGGCUUGCGUACCAUUGAAUCCAUGGAUUUGGGAGGAAGUUUCAGACGAGUUAUCCUCCAUGACCCUGCCGCCCAUCUUUUUUCUCUUGAUGUUUUCUCCGACUCAAUUUACUUCACUGCUUUGGGGAAAAGCGGAGCGUACAAAGUUAAAAAAGACGGAACCGGAGUUUCCCCUAUCGGACCCCAAGAUUUUAGUCUUUUGUCCCAAAUCAAAUUUAACAAAUAUGGCACAGAUUAUAGAGGUUAUACAACAGGUGUGCAUAGGAAUUCCUCCGAAACAUUCGUACGCUUAGAUGGACGCACAGACUCUGCCUCGGGUAGUGUAAGUGUUUUUGUUCAUGGCCAAUGGAGAGACGUGUGUGACGAUACCACCUGGGACAACAGAGAAGCACAGGUAGUCUGCUCCAUGCUGGGCUUUCAAAGACAAGAAGCUCAGAGAGAUUUAGGUGUUCAAGUAACAAAUCGUGUAACUCCUUUAAACAUCACCAACUGUUUGGGCUCUGAGAAACAUCUUGCAGAAUGUGGGGCACCAGAAGAAGGCAAAUGGAAUCUCUUAAACUGUACAAACAAGGCAACUGUAGUGUGCUCCAGUCCGCAGCAUUUAGCUUUCAAAUUGGACAACUUUUUAAUAUUUUUCAAUUCUUCUACUAGAGAUUUUAUUCGCAUGGAUUUAAAUACAAACAGUUACACUAGAAAAAAUAUUGCUGAUACAAUGACGUCUGUUGUGUAUGACCCCUUGAACCAGUUCAUUUAUUACAACGUGGUGAAUAAAGUCACCAAUACUUCAGUCAUCAAGUCAAAUGACUUAAUAACAAGAGGAAGUAGUGUGGCUAUUUCAAGCACAAUCUCAGGAAGUGACAUCAACAGUCUGGCUAUCGACACCAACCUGCACGCAAUAUUUUACACCGAUGUCAAGAAGAAACUAAUUGGCGCGCUUUCAAUGAGUGACAAUAGUUCGAGGGUUGUCCUCUCUGGCCUAGACGAACCAAGAUAUAUGGCCGUUGACAAGCUCGAUAGGACAAUAUUUUGGACAGAAUGGGGUCCAGUUCCUAAGAUAGAGAAAGCCAAUUACGACGGGACUAACAGACGGCUUGUGGCAACUACUGGCUUAAGAAAACCUAACGGCAUAGCUGUUGAUUCUAAAGCCAAGCUAGUGUAUUUCUGUGAUGCCGGUACCAACUCCAUUGAAGUCAUGAGCACAGAUGGAAACAAUAGAUGGGUUUUAUUUACUGACUACAGUUCUAACUUUGAUUCUCUGACCAUCACUUCAAAAUAUAUUUUUUACUCAGACAAGAAUAAAAGGAGUAUCAUGCGCCUGAACCGUGACGGCACUAACCACAGAUCUGCUGGUCCACCUGACUUCCCUCAAGUUACUGGACUUUACGCUUUUGACAGCAUUCUAAAUUAAAUCUACCUAAGGCCUACUGGAUCCAUAUACUGCAACUUGUACUACAAGAAAGAUAUUGUUAGUUAAGUGUUAUAUGAAAUAAAAUUGAUGAAACCAA